AAGGUUUAAAAGAACAUUGCUUCCGUGUAGAGAAAGAGGUCGAUUGUGCUGUGUACUAAAAAUCCUCCAUUGGAGACCCUCCCAUGAAAAAACUCUCUCUCUAGCUUUGUUUCUUCUUACUUUGCUUUUGUCUCUCGUUCUCCCAACACUAAUUAAUAAUCAAGGCGCAAAACGUUUAUCUAAAACAUUGUUGUUGGUCAGCUCCCUCUCUAGAAUGCACUUUAUUUGACAAAAUCUUUGUAGGUUUUAGUAAGCAGAAGCUAUUAAGAACUCAAGAGGCAAACAAUGGCGAAGAGUUCUCUGUUUUUUCUGCUGGUAACCUUAAUCGUUCUAUUCGAAUGUUCCUCUGCUUCAGCUGCCCCUGUUGCUAAAAUUGUCGGCGGGGUUGUCACAAAUGUUAUCUCUCUUUGCAAAUUGUUGUGGUCGCUCAAAGCUACAACUCCUACUACGACCAAACCAGCCAUGGCGCCCAGCCGUUCAAUGAUGAAGUUUGAGAGUGGAUACACUGUGGAGACUGUAUUUGAUGGAAGCAAACUUGGUAUUGAACCAUUCUCGGUUAAGGUUUCCCGGGCCGGAGAGGUCCUCAUUUUGGAUUACGAAAACAGUAACAUUUAUAAGACGUCAUCCCCGCUUUCUCGCUAUAGCCGGCCCAAGCUUGUAGUUGGAUCACCAGAAGGGUACUCCGGACAUGUGGACGGGAAGCUAAGAGAUGCAAAGAUGAAUCAUCCAAAAGGGUUCGCAGUGGAUGAUGGUGGAAAUAUAUAUGUUGCAGAUACCAUGAAUAUGGCAAUCAGAAAAAUCAGUGACACAGGAGUGGUGACAAUUGCAGGGGGUGGGAAGUGGGUGCGGGGAGGGGCCCAUAUUGAUGGGCCAAGUGAAGAUGCAAAGUUCUCAAAUGACUUUGAUUUGGUUUAUGUUGCAAGCAGCUGUUCGCUCUUGGUCAUAGACAGAGGGAACCAGGCAAUUAGAGAGAUUCAGCUCCAUGAGGAUGAUUGUUCCACUUAUCACGAGGAUCAUGAGGAUGAUACCAAUCUCCAACAUCUAGGCACGGCACUACUUUUUGCAGCUAUGUUUUUCGGUUACAUGCUUGCAUUGUUACAGCGUAGAAUUGGAGCCAUGUUUUCGUCCGACAGAGAUCCUCGGACUCCUGCUAUAAAGGGCACACCACCGUCGCAAUAUCAGUUGGACACUAAGCCGAUCAGACCUCCCUUGAUUCCCCCACCAGAGGAUGAUGAAUAUGAAAAACAAGACGAAAAUCUAUUAGUUUCAAUAGGGAGACUAUUCAUUAACACAAGCUCAUCCAUUUUUGAAAUCUUUGGAGGACUGUUCUCUAGAUCCAAAAAGUCUUAUCCCCAACAACAUCACCACCUCCAGCAUUACCCUUACCCUUACAAGCAACAGAUUGCUCGGUCUGUGCAGGAAAGUUACGUAAUUCCACGAGAAGACGAGCCCCCACCAGCCUUGGAACCCAGAGACCCCACACCAAGAAAAGUGUAUUCUCAUGUUUCGAAGGACGUUGAGAGGGCUAGGCAUUUCAAGCAGAGCCGUUCCAACACCUACGGAGGAUGGACCGGUGAUAUUCAACAACAUCCACAUCCAGAGCAAUAUCGUCACCAACUGCAGCAUCAUCAAAAGCAUCAGGCCCCUAGCCCUCAAACUUACGUUGAACAAAGCUGUGAGAAGAAAGAGAUUGUGUUCGGAGCUGUCCAAGAGCAGGAUGGGCGUCGUGAGGCGAUGGUGCUUAAGGCUGUCGAUUUCGCUGACCCAGCUGCUUACAACAUCCGGUCAAGGUACAACUACAAUGCCAGCUAUGCACAUCGAUACUGAAUAACUGUUCGUUGCUUGUGAAACGGCUGAGGGUGAAGGUUUGCCUUGUUGAGUACGUGCUAGCUCACUUGAUCUCAGUACGUAACAUAUGUAAAAUCCAUGAAACCUCAUACACACUAAUUUAGUUUAAACGUUACUUUCAUUUAUCAAGUUAAGUGUUCAAAUCAAAGGAGCGUACAAAUUUUAAAACUAGCUUGUUCAGGUUUCAUUUAUAUUGCUUCUCAAUCAUCAAUCAAAU